GAUGGGCUAAAUGGGUAAGGGGCAUUAAGGAGGACACUUGUUGGGAUGAGCACUGGGUGUUAUACAUAGGGGAUGAAUCACUGGAAUCUACUCCUGAGAUCAUUAUUGCACUAUAUGCUAACCAACUUAGAUGUAAAUUUAAAAAUAAAUAGAAAUUAAAUUAAAAUUAAAACUAAAAAGUAACAAAUCUGCAUAUAAGUUUACCUACACAGUUCAAAUCCAUGUUGGUCAAAGGUCAACCGUAGACUGACAUAUUCAAAAUACUGAAAUAAAAAACUGUCAACUAAAAUCCAAUGUUCGACAAAACUGUCCUUCAAGUUCUUGCUCAGAAAGGAAACAGCACAGAUGAGAAGGGAAGCUUCUCUUGCCCUCUCCCACCCAAAUCCUCCUCUUCCUGAACCUGGACAGUUUAGGUAGAGAUACAGAACAUGGGUUCUGGGUGGUGGGGGCAGACAGGAACAGGCAAGAGAGCUUCCCGGAGGAGAAGACUGACAGGAAGAAACAUGGAUUCUACUUUUGUGCGCUGCGCCCCCAGUCUGCUUAUCUGUUCCAUCUGCAAGGACUAUUUCACAGACCCUGUCACCAUUAACUGUGGACACAGCUUUUGUACUCCAUGUCUCUGCCUCCUGUGGGAAGAUGCCCAGAAUCCUACCUGUUGCCCUGUAUGCAGGGCAGUAUCUCCACGCAUGGACUUCAAAAGCAUUAUUUCUGCUGAGGGACAAGCUCGUGCUAAAAAAGAAUCAGUUGCCAAGCAGUUACCAAGGUCUGCCAGGCAGGUGUGUUGGAUACACCAAGCACUAAAGAAUAUCUUCUGUCCAAAUGACAAGAGCCAGCUGUGUUUGCAAUGCUCUCAUUCGCCAGGGCAUACCACUCACAUACACUGUCCAGUUUCACAGGUUGCUGAGCACUGCAGGGAGAAACUUCUGAUGCAAAUGAAAUCUAUUUGUAAAAACAGGCAGAGAAAUCAGAGAAAUAUAAACAAAGAGUACAACUUACUUAGAGUAUGGCAGGGUUUUGUAAAUCUAAGGAUGGUGAUGAUCAAGGCUGAAUAUCCUAAGGUGUACCAAUACCUCCACAAAGAAAAGCAAAAACAUUUAGAGAGCCUGGCAAUUGAAGGCAAGAUAAUUUUUCAUCGACUCUGGAGAAAUGUAGCUAGAAUGCUUCAAAUGGGGAAACUCCUGAAAAGAAUCUAUGAGGAGCUGAAGGAAAUGUGCCUUAAAGCAGAUGUGCACCUGCUCCAGGAUUUGGAAGACAUCAUGAAAAGGAGUCAGUUAGUGCAGGCGCACUUGCCCCAGCCUGUGGACCCACAGCCCAGUGAGUGGACAAUCACCGGGAUGUCUCAAAGGCUUAACAACUUCCGAGUGUAUAUUACAUUUGAUGAUAACAUAAGGAAUUACCGUGUGCCUCUGUUUGAAGACCUGAGACAUUUGCAGUGCUGUCCCGACCAUCAAGACCUGCCCCGCAGUCCAGCGAGUUCACAGUAUAAGCCUUCCUGGGCAGCUCAGGCUGCCUUCACCUCUGGCAAAUAUUACUGGGAGGUGGAUGUGGGAAACUCUCAGAAUUGGAUUAAAGGACUUUGCAGGGAAUCCUGGACAAAACACCAUGACUUGCUGCUCAACUCUGAGGGUAUCUUUCUACUUCUGUGUGUCAACGUGGAUAACCAUUGCCGUCUUUUCUCUGCCUCCCCGCCACUGUGCCACUACAUUCCAAGACCCCAGGGCUUGGUAGGGGUGUUUGUAUAAUAUCCUUGGUAGGAUUAUGAAUUUGGUAUAGUAAGCUUUGUUAAUGUUGCCAAAAGUUCCCUCAUUUGUAAUUUCCUUUCCUGUUUCUUCUCCUUCCCUCUCAGACCUUUCAUUUGUUAUGGACCCAAAUGAUCAGGAACAGCUCACAAACCUGACCAAGGUCUUAGCAAUUUUAAUAGCUGGGGAGGGUUCUAUCCUGGUGACUUCUUGAGUGGGGAAAAUCACUGAUACCUCAUGGUCUUGAACUUCAUUUUACCUUCAGGAGAUACAUUUGCUGUAUUAUUUUUUAAAGUGGUGACACUGUGAAGGAUGUACAUUUGUCUUUUCUAUUUUAUUGAAAUAAAAGUAAUCGCUUUAAAAAAAAAAAA